AUGUCCGCCAAGUCGAUUUUCGAGGCCGACGGCAAGGCCAUCCUCAACUACCACCUCACUCGUGCUCCCGUCAUCAAGCCUACCCCUCUGCCCCCGCCAACCAAGCACAAUCCUCCUCCCAGACUGGCUUCUCUGCAUUUUCCCGAGGAUGCCAACGUUGAGGAUGUCCUGAACCAGGCCGAGGUCACCUAUCCUUGGCUCCUCCAGCCCAAUGCCAAGUUCGUUGCAAAGCCCGAUCAGCUCAUCAAGCGCCGAGGCAAGAGUGGUCUUUUGGCUUUGAACAAAUCUUGGCCCGAAGCCAAGGCCUGGGUUGCUGAGCGUGCCGGAAAGGAGCAGAAAGUCGAGCACACCUCUGGUGUCUUGAGACAAUUCCUUGUCGAGCCCUUUGUGCCUCACCCUCAGGACACCGAGUAUUAUAUCAACAUCAACUCUGUCCGUGAUGGCGACUGGAUCCUCUUCACCCACGAGGGUGGUGUUGAUGUUGGCGAUGUUGAUGCCAAGGCCGAGAAGCUGUUGAUUCCUGUCGACCUUACAGAAUUUCCUUCCAAUGAGCAGAUUGCUGCUACCCUUCUCAAGAAGGUUCCCCAGGGUGUUCACAAUGUCCUCGUUGACUUCAUCAGCCGUCUGUAUGCUGUCUAUGUUGACUGCCAGUUCACCUACCUCGAGAUCAACCCCUUGGUUGUCAUUCCCAACGAGGACAAGACCUCUGCUGCCGUCCACUUCCUGGACUUGGCUGCCAAGCUAGAUCAGACCGCCGACUUUGAAUGCGGUGUCAAGUGGGCUAUUGCUCGUUCUCCCGCUGCUCUUGGUCUCACCAACAUUGCCCCCGCCAAUGGUGAAAAGGUCAACAUUGAUGCUGGUCCUCCCAUGGAGUUCCCUGCUCCCUUCGGUCGUGAGUUGACCAAGGAGGAGGCCUACAUUGCUGAGAUGGAUGCCAAGACUGGUGCCUCUCUGAAGCUUACCGUGCUGAACCACAACGGCCGCAUCUGGACUCUGGUCGCUGGUGGUGGUGCUUCCGUAGUUUACGCCGAUGCCAUUGCCUCUGCCGGCUUUGCUGACGAGCUCGCCAACUACGGUGAAUACUCUGGUGCUCCCACCGAGUCCCAGACCUACCACUAUGCCCGCACAGUCUUGGACCUCAUGCUGCGCGCUCCCAUGUCGGACAAGGGCAAGGUCCUCUUCAUUGGAGGCGGUAUUGCCAACUUCACCAAUGUUGCCAGCACCUUCAAGGGUGUGAUUCGCGCUCUGCGAGACUACGCCACCCAGCUCAUUGAGCACAAGGUCCAGAUCUGGGUCCGUCGUGCUGGUCCCAACUACCAGGAAGGCCUGAAGAACAUGAAGGCCGCCACUCAGGAGCUCGGUCUCGAUGCCAAGAUCUUUGGCCCUGAGAUGCACGUCUCCGGCAUUGUGCCCCUGGCUCUUGUCCCCGGCAAGUGGGAGGAGAGCAAGGCCGAGGAGUUCAAGGGUUAA